AUGGAAGAACUUAUUGCUGACCACUCAAUCCAGAUCUCCAUCGACCGAGGGGGAACAUUCACCGAUGUCCAUGCAUCAUGGCCAACAACAACAACAACGAACAACAACAACAAGAACAACAACAAGAGACUGGAAUGGGUGACCAAACUACUCUCGCAAGACUCGGGAUACCAGGACGCUCCAAGAGAAGGAAUCAGGAGAGUUCUCGAACAUGUCCUCAAACAACCCAUCCCAAGAGACCAGAAACUCAAUACCGAUAAGAUUGACUACAUCAGACUGUCGACGACGGUGGCAACGAAUGCCUUAUUGGAACGAAGAGGAGCCAAGCAUGCCCUAUUGAUUACGAAAGGCUUCAAGGAUCUACUGGAGAUCGGGAACCAAUCGCGACCAAGGAUCUUCGAUCUGGCCAUCCAGAAGCCCAGUACGCUGUACUCGGGCGUGGUCGAGGUGGACGAACGGGUCACUCUGCUCGGCUUCACCUCCGACCCAAAACAUCAUGACCGUCAGGUGCUCUUCGACCAGGAGGGUAGAGUGACUAGGACUUAUGACCAGCUCCCUCACUCUGCUGGAGAGGUCGUCCGUGGGAAUAGCGGAGAAGCCGUCCAGAUCAUCAAACCUCUCGAUGAACAGCUCGUCCGUCAACAACUCGUCGAACUUAAGGAACAAGGAUUUGAAUCCCUCGCAGUGGUCUUGAUGCACUCAUACACCUAUCCAGACCACGAGCAACAGAUCGGCAGACUAGCCAAGGAGCUUGGGUUUGCGCAUAUCUCGCUAUCAUCGGAGUUGAUGCCGAUGAUCAAGCUGGUGACCCGGGGGACCUCCUCGACGGCGGAUGCGUAUCUAACGCCCGUCUUACGGCAAUACAUCGAUGGGUUCUUUGCGGGCUUCGACGAGAGUUUAAUGAAGCAGGAAGCCGAGCCGAAUGGGCGACGACGGACACGGGUGGAGUUCAUGCGCUCGGACGGCGGAUUGACGGAUGUCGAGCGGUUCUCGGGGCUCCAUUCGAUCCUCUCUGGCCCCGCCGGCGGCGUCGUCGGAUACGCUCGCACCACCUUCGACCCCCUCAACAAGGUCCCCCUCAUCGGCCUCGAUAUGGGCGGGACUAGCACCGAUGUCAGCAGGUUCGACGGCCGUUAUGAAACCGUCUUCGAAUCUACUACCGCCGGCGUCACCAUUCAAAGUCCUCAGUUGGAUAUCAAUACUGUUGCUGCUGGUGGAGGCUCGCGUCUGUUCUGGAGGAACGGACUAUUCGUCACCGGGCCCGAGAGCGCAGGUGCUUCGCCCGGACCGGCCUGUUAUCGCAAGGGAGGCCCCUUGGCCGUCACCGAUGCUAACCUCCUCCUCGGCAGAUUGAUCCCGGAAUACUUCCCCAAGAUCUUCGGGCCCAACGAGGAUCAGGAGUUGGAUGUCGAGGCCUCCCGCUCCCUCUUCGAAGAAUUGAGGACCACUAUCAAUCGCGACUUGAACCAGGAACUGAGUCUUGAUCAGGUUGCUUGGGGGUUUAUUAAGAUUGCCAACGAGACCAUGUGUCGGCCGAUUCGAGCCUUAACAGAAGCGCGAGGAUAUGCGAGUUCGAAGCACAUCCUGAGUGUGUUUGGGGGCGCGGGCGGGCAGCAUGCAUGUUCGUUAGCCCGGACACUCGGGAUCACUCGGAUCGUCAUCCAUCGCCAUGCGUCGAUCCUGAGCGCCUAUGGAAUGGCCCUCGCCGAUCGCGUCGUCGAGGCCCAACUUCCCUCCGCUACAAUCUAUCAUUCAGCCGGUCAUAGUAGACUUGGGCUUGAGAAAUCUCUCGAUGCUUUGCAGGAAAAGGUCUGUCUGACUCUCACCAAUCAGGGGUUCGAGGAGAGUCGGAUCGUCGUCGAACGUUACUUGAAUAUGAGGUAUGAUGGAACGGAUACAGCGUUAAUGGUCCUCGACCAAUCCACAAGACCUUCUUCUUCUUCUCGUUCCGUUCAUACUAAAGAAUCUCUAAAAAAUCACGAUGGGGAAGCUGGAAAGGGAUAUGAUUAUUUGGAAGGCUUUCGGGAAGCUUAUCUCAAGGAAUUCGGCUUCCUUUUAGAUCGCUCUAUUCCGGUGAUUUGUGAUGAUGUUCGAGUGCGUGGGAUCGGCAAAUCUACAGAAGAGCCAGGGGAAUCGGUGGAUGGUCAACUAUCGAAGAUCGAGUUCAGGCCUUUCGACAUCAACCGUAUAGACUCCGAGAAAGAUAAUGAGCCCGAUCGACGAAGAUAUCAGUCGAUCUUUUUCGAAGAUUUAGGCCGAGUUGAGACUUCCAUCUUAGCUCUAGAUUGGUUCGGAGUGGGCGAUUAUCUGGUCGGCCCGGCCGUGUUACUGGACCAUACUCAAACCGUCAUCGUCGAUCCUCAUGCGAAAGUUCGGUUCUUGAAAGAUCACUUGGUCAUCGACUUGUGA